CCAAAAACAUUACGUCUUUCGUAAGCAUGUGAUUCCUUUUUUGCCAAUUACUAGUGUAAAUUAAGUCAAACAGAAACCUAUAGUGUGUAAGAAGUUCUCAGAAACAAAACAAAACAAAAAAAAGCAUGCGCGUAUUGUAAAAUAACAAGGCUACAAGUGUUCCAUUGAUUGAUAGGCAGCUACUAUCUGCAAAACAAGCUUUCUUCUUACUGCAGGCAUUAAAGCAAAUGCAGCUCGGGGAGUGUCAGGUAUUUUCAUCAGAGGAGCACCGGUCAGGAAAAGAAGUGCUGGACUAUUUCCUCUGGCUCUGUUGAGACACGAAAAGUAAUAAUAUUAAAAUGGAAACACCUGCUUUACACGAGAUAACGUGGUUUGAUGGGGGGAGAUUCAAUACGGUCCUUUGUCUGGCAGUCGUGUGUGUGUGUUGGCUUAACUCCACAGCACAAGGAUAAGGAUACUGUACGACUGGGAGCUGACGUUCUGGAUUCACACCAGGUACAAGCGGAUGCGUUACGUCCAGAGUACUUAUAACGUUUAUUUAAUAUUAAGGAUAUGAAAAAAAUAAGCAUGAUGAGGAUACGAAAAUAUUUUAGAGGCAGUGGAAGAGCACUUGCAUUUAUUUUCACAGCCUCUGUUAUUUGGUUACUUUUUGACAUGGCAGCACUCAGGAUUUCAUUCAGUGAUGUAAACAGCAGGCUUCUAAAAAAUGAGAUUAUACGAAAGGAAAGGGGGAAAUAUAAACCAAGAGAAGUCAUGAGCAAUGCCUCUAACCCGAACAAAAAAGAACAUAGGUUCCCAUUGAAACAAAAUGAAAGAAACGGAAUACACGAACCCAAAAUGCAAAAUGAAGUCAAUAAGGAAACAUUUUCUGAAACAAACAGAAAUCGGGAUAGGAAACGGAAAUCUGACAAACAUGUUUUGCAACCUGGACUAAAAGUUGAUACACCGAAGGAAGGUGUUUUCGAAAAACAGUUUGAACAAAAACAUACCACGUUUAAAGUAAAACGUAAAAGCAAUGACGUAAAUGCGUUCAACCUUACCACAGGCGUUCCAAAAAAGACGAGCAUGUACCGCAGUGUAGACCAGCUGGGUUUGCACAACAAAGACACAAAAAUCAAGUUAAAACAAGACGCACACAAUGAGGAAAAUGCUACUGUAAAAAUAAUUCGAGAAAACAAUGCUGUUGGCAAAGUAGUCGUAGACCUUGUAAACGAUUUAACAAAGGUUCCCCCUGUUGGACAGAAACAAGAAUUGCAUUUAAAUCGACCUGACAAGAAACUUGUUCUUGUGGCCAGCAAUGUUCAAUCGAAUAAAGCAGAUGAAAAACGUGCCUUGGAAAAAGUUGGAAUAUCUUCAAAAAACAAUACAGAUGAUAACAGUGUUGAGUUUGGACACGACCACGGGGGCAGUGAUGUCAUUCCUCCAAAAGAACAGGUUCCCCUUAAUAACACGCGCAUUAAGCCCAACGCCAAAAACAUUUCAAAGGCAAUGGGAAAUGUAACUAACCUCAAUGGCAAGCACUUUAAAUCCACUUUUCUAAACGCAAUGACGAAAGCGGAGACUCUGAAUGUACAUUUUACAAUCCCAGUACAUCAUGAUGUUGGAACUCACAAAGUGUUACAAAUGGAUGCAACACAAAGCCCCAGAAAUCCGAAUGCCCCGGGCCAGUUUGGUGAGCCUGGUGUUGUUCCAAAGGACAAAGAAAUGGUGGCGAAAAAUAAAUGGAAAGAAGGAUAUUUUAAUGUGUAUCUCAGCGACAUGAUCCCAUUUGACAGAGCUAUUCCUGACACUAGGCCUUCUGGGUGUGCUGAGAGAAGAGUACACAAUGACCUCCCCACCACCAGUGUGAUCAUGUGUUUCGUGGAUGAGGUGUGGUCCACCCUUCUAAGAUCUGUUCACAGUGUUCUAAAUCGUUCUCCGCCCCACCUCAUCAAAGAGGUCAUCCUAGUUGAUGACUUCAGUACUAAAGAAUUCCUGAAAGAUCAUUUAGACAAGUAUAUGUCCCAGUAUCCAAAGGUCCGCAUCCUUCGCCUAAAGGAGAGACAAGGUUUAAUCAGAGCUAGGCUUGAAGGAGCAGCCAUCGCUACAGGUGAAGUUUUGACAUUUCUGGACUCGCACAUUGAAUGUAACGUGGGCUGGUUAGAGCCACUUCUGGAAAGGGUGCACAUGGACAGAAAAAAGGUUGCAUGUCCAGUAAUUGAAGUUAUAAAUGACAAGGAUAUGAGUUACAUGAUAGUUGACAACUUUCAAAGAGGCAUAUUCAAAUGGCCCUUGGUAUUUGGAUGGAUGGGGAUCCCUGAUGAAGAAAUUAAGAGAAACAACAUAAAGGAUUCAGACCCAAUAAGGUGUCCUGUUAUGGCUGGAGGUCUGUUUUCUAUAGAUAAAACAUAUUUCUACGAACUCGGCACGUAUGACCCUGGACUUGAUGUGUGGGGUGGAGAAAACAUGGAGAUUUCUUUUAAGAUCUGGAUGUGCGGAGGAGAAAUAGAGAUAAUUCCAUGCUCCAGGGUGGGCCAUAUUUUUAGGGGUGACAAUCCCUAUAAAUUUCCUAAAGAUAGAGUCAAAACAGUUGAGAGAAAUCUGGCCCGAGUAGCUGAGGUGUGGCUGGAUGAUUACAAAGAGCUGUUCUAUGGGCAUGGCUACCACCAUCUGCUCGAUAAGAAACGUAUGGAUAUUGGAGACCUGACGCAACAGAAAGAACUCCGGAAACAUCUCAAGUGUAAAGACUUUAAAUGGUACCUGGACAAUGUCUACCCAGACUUGGAUGCACCCUUAGUGAGAUCUGAUGAUUUGCUUUUCAAUCUUGGAGUAAGAAAAUGUCUUUCAAUUGAGAAUAACACCCUGUCGUUCCAAGCAUGUGAUCUCAACGAGAAGAACCAGCAUUUUAACCACACCUGGUUGAGACUGAUCCGUCAGCAAAACUCGUGUGUGACUGCAAUAGAUAAAGGCACAGUGAGCCUAGAGCAGUGUGACAAUGCAAAACAUCAUCUAAGGUGGUUGCACAAAUCACUUAUAUUGGACCCACCAUUUAUGGACCACCUCAUUUUAGAGCAUCUGCAGCAGCCGUUCUGUCUUGAAGGCAGUCCCUCAGGCAAUACCAUUAAGAUGGCAGUGUGUAAUUCAAGCAGUCCAUUUCAGAAGUGGAAAUUCACAAACUACUAUGCCCAAUAAACAGAACCAUCGGAACUCCGGAGACUGAAAAAAACACAAAUGCCUUUUCAAGUCCUCAUGGUUUACAAUUAAAUUUUUUUGUUUAAAAACAGCUUCUGAAA